AUGGCUCCAGCCAUCGGUAUCGAUCUAGGUACAACCUACUCAUGUGUCGGCGUCUACCGAGACGACCGAAUCGAGAUCAUCGCCAAUGACCAGGGUAACCGAACCACUCCUUCGUUCGUCGCCUUUACAGACACCGAGCGUCUGAUUGGUGAUGCCGCGAAGAACCAAGUCGCCAUGAACCCCCACAACACUGUCUUCGAUGCGAAGCGGUUGAUUGGGCGGAAGUUCAGUGACCCUGAGGUCCAGGCCGAUAUCAAGCACUUCCCAUUCAAGGUCAUCGACAAGGGCGGCAAGCCUGUCAUCGAGGUGGAGUUCAAGGGCGAGACCAAACAAUUCACCCCAGAAGAGAUCUCAUCUAUGGUCCUGACCAAGAUGAGAGAGACUGCGGAAGCAUACCUUGGUGGCACUGUCAACAGCGCUGUCAUCACAGUCCCAGCAUACUUCAACGACUCUCAACGUCAAGCCACCAAGGAUGCUGGUCUCAUUGCCGGUCUCAAUGUCCUACGUAUCAUCAACGAACCCACUGCUGCCGCCAUUGCCUACGGUCUGGACAAGAAGGCCGAGGGUGAGCGCAAUGUCCUCAUCUUCGAUCUUGGUGGUGGUACUUUUGAUGUUUCCCUCUUGACCAUCGAAGAGGGUAUCUUCGAAGUCAAGGCCACUGCUGGUGACACUCACUUGGGUGGUGAGGACUUCGAUAACCGUCUGGUCAACCACUUUGUCCAAGAGUUCAAAAGAAAGCAUAAGAAAGACCUGAGCACCAACCCGAGAGCUCUACGUCGUCUGAGAACUGCUUGCGAACGUGCCAAGCGCACUCUGUCUUCAUCUGCCCAAACCUCUAUUGAGAUCGACUCCCUCUACGAGGGUAUCGACUUCUACACCUCGAUCACUCGGGCACGCUUCGAAGAGCUAUGCCAGGAUCUCUUCCGAUCUACCAUGGAGCCCGUCGAGCGCGUAUUGCGCGACGCCAAGAUCGACAAGUCCUCGGUUCACGAGAUCGUCUUGGUCGGUGGUUCCACUCGUAUUCCAAAGAUCCAGAAGAUGGUUUCGGACUUCUUCAACGGCAAGGAGCCCAACCGUUCGAUCAACCCUGAUGAGGCUGUCGCCUAUGGUGCUGCAGUCCAAGCCGCCAUCUUGUCCGGUGACACCUCAUCCAAGUCCACUAACGACAUUCUGCUCCUCGAUGUUGCGCCAUUGUCUCUCGGUAUCGAGACUGCUGGAGGUGUCAUGACUCCAUUGAUCAAGCGUAACACCACCAUCCCCACCAAGAAGUCCGAGACCUUCUCGACCUUCUCCGACAACCAACCUGGUGUGCUCAUCCAAGUCUACGAAGGUGAGCGUGCUCGUACCAAGGACAACAACCUUCUCGGCAAGUUCGAACUGUCUGGCAUCCCACCUGCGCCACGUGGUGUUCCCCAGAUUGAGGUCACCUUCGAUCUUGAUGCCAACGGUAUCAUGAACGUCUCCGCAGUCGAGAAGGGUACUGGCAAGUCCAACAAGAUUACCAUCACCAAUGACAAGGGUCGUCUGUCCAAGGAAGAAAUCGAGCGUAUGCUGGCUGAUGCCGAGAAGUACAAGGCCGAAGAUGAGGCCGAGGCUGCUCGUAUCUCUGCCAAGAACGGUCUUGAGUCCUACGCUUACUCGCUCAAGAACACUCUGUCCGACUCCAAGGUCGACGAGAAGCUCGAUGCCUCCGACAAGGAGAAGCUCAAGUCAGAGAUUGACAAGGUCAUCUCUUGGCUCGACGAGAACCAGACUGCCACCAAGGAGGAGUACGAAUCUCAACAGAAGGAGCUUGAGGGUGUCGCCAACCCGAUCAUGAUGAAGUUCUACGGUGCUGGUGGCGCUCCAGGUGGCAUGCCCGGUGCUGGUGGUCCAGGUGGAUUCCCAGGUGCCGGCGGUGCUCCAGGUGGCCAGGGUGGUGAUGACGGCCCAACUGUCGAAGAGGUCGACUAA